AGGGCAGACCGGGACUGAAGAGGGGAUAACGGAGCCCUGCUAAGUGGAGACAGCGUCAAAGAAAGAGAGGGCCACAAUGCAGGGGAAUAGACAGGAAUGUAUCUAAUCCUGUUUUAAAGCUGUUAAUUGUUCCUGCUGUGACCAGUUCCUGAGAUAGACCGUUCCAUAAAUUCACAGUUCUUAUGUACAGCCAUGGCGUCCACGGGGACUCACGUUGACUCCAAAGCAGAGCUGACGUCCCUGUUGGAACAGUGGGAGACAGGCCAUGGCAGUGGGCAUGACAUGGUGCCCAAAUUAACCAGGAUGUCAGAAUUGAUUGAGAAAGAGACAGAGGAAUAUCGCAAGGGAGACCCUGACCCCUUUGAUGACAGACACCCAGGUCGAGCAAACCCUGAGUGCAUGCUGGGACAUCUCCUACGCAUUCUCUUCAAGAACGAUGACUUCAUGAAUGCACUGGUUAACGCCUAUGUUAUGACAAGUCGUGAGCCUCCACUAAACACGGCCGCCUGCCGACUAUUGCUGGACAUAAUGCCAGGGCUUGAGACCGCUGUGGUGUUCCAAGAGAAGGAGGGAAUUGUGGAAAACCUUUUUAAGUGGGCCCGGGAAGCUGAGCAACCCCUUCGAACUUAUGCCAUCGGAUUGCUAGGAGGAGCCAUGGAGAAUCAAGAUAUAGCUGCAAAUUAUCGCGAUGAGAACUCACAGAUGGUUGCACUUGUUUUGCGCAGACUUCGUGAACUUCAGUCCCGGGAAGCAUCUAACAAGCAUGAAAGCAGGCGUCAGAGUCCCCGUAAGCCCCUUGGUGAGCCUCUCCUCCCACUGGAUGAAGAGGCUGUGGAUAUGGACUAUGGAGAGAAUGCUCUUAAUCCAAGAUCAAAGCCAGAAAAUCUUGACCUCUCUUUCCAGGCAGAGACAUCUCCCGGUCUUGGAGUGAUGAUUAAUUCUGAUGGCACUGGACCGCCACGGAGAACAAAACCAGACACAGAAACUCACCGCAAGGUGAAACAGAAACUGAGCUUCUCAGAAUCGGAGAGAGCACCAAGUGAACUUUCCAAUAGCAGCUGGUCUGAGAUGUCUGUGUGGGUUAUUGGCACAAACUACAGCUUGUCUCCUCUGACCCCAGGAAUCGAACAACGGCUGAUUCUGCAAUACCUCACACCGCUCGGAGAAUAUCAGGAGCUGCUCCCAAUAUUCAUGCAGAUGGGAUCCCGGGAGCUCAUGAUGUAUUACAUUGAUCUGAAGCGAACAAACGAUGUUCUUCUCACAUUUGAGGCUCUUAAGCAUUUAGCAUCUCUUCUCCUUCACAACAAGUUUGCUGCAGAGUUUGUUGCUCAUGGUGGUGUGCAAAAACUGCUUGAGAUUCCCCGUCCUUCCAUGGCAGCUACUGGUGUGUCCAUGUGUCUGUACUACUUGUCCUACAAUCAGGAUGCUAUGGAACGGGUCUGCAUGCAUCCUCACAAGGUGCUCACUGAUGUGGUGAGCUACACACUGUGGCUUAUGGAGUGCUCCCAUGCAUCAGGCUGCUGCCACGCCACCAUGUUUUUUUCAAUUUGCUUUUCCUUCCGAGCUGUUCUUGAGCUGUUUGAUAACCAAGAUGGGCUACGUCGGCUAGUUAAUCUAAUCAGUACUCUGGAGAUCUUGAACUUAGAAGAUCAGGGAGCUCUACUGAGUGAUGAUGAGAUUUUUGCAAGUCGGCAGACAGGAAAACAUACGUGCAUGGCCUUGCGAAGAUAUUUUGAAGCUCAUCUUGCCAUUAAGGUGGAACAAGUCAAGCAGUCAUUGCAGCGCACAGAAGGUGGACUGCCAAUCCAUCCUCCUCCACCUUAUAAGGCUUGUACAUACACUCGAGAGCAAAUAGUGGAAAUGAUGGAAUACUUGAUAGCAUUUGGCCCUUCUCAACUGUACUGGGAACCUGCUGAAGUUUUCCUUAAAUUGUCCUGUGUGCAGCUGCUUCUUCAGCUUAUUUCAAUUGCCUGUAGCUGGAAGACAUAUUAUGCAAGAAAUGACACUGUCCGCUAUGCUCUGGAUGUCCUUGCCAUCCUCACAGUGGUGCCAAAAAUUCAGCUCCAGUUGGCAGAACCAGUUGAUGUUUUAGAUGAGGCAGGUUCCACAGUCUCCACUGUAGGAAUGAGCAUUGUCUUGGGUGUGGCUGAGGGAGAGUUUUUUACCCACGAUGCAGAGAUACAGAAAUCAGCACUGCAGAUAAUCAUCAAUUGUGUAUGCGCCCCAGAAUCCCGUAUCUCUUGCAUUGGCAAAUAUGUCUCUGGUACUCCACGGAGAAGGACACCCAUCUCUCAAAGUUUCCAUCCACAUGGACGUGGUGGUAGUGGAGAACCCACGCUUGCUAAAAUGUGGAAUGUUGUUCAGUCCAAUAAUGGCAUUAAGGUUCUUCUCUCUUUGCUGUCAGUGAAGAUGCCCAUAACAGAUGCUGACCAAAUUCGGGCUCUUUCUUGCAAAGCGUUGGUUGGUCUCGGUCGCAGUAGUUCUGUAAGGCAGAUCAUCAGCAAGCUUCCCCUAUUCAGCAGCGGUCAAAUCCAGCAACUAAUGAAGGAGCCAAUCCUUCAAGAUAAGCGCAGUGAACAUGUCCGCUUUUGCAAGUUUGCAGCGGAGCUCAUUGAGAGGGUCUCAGGGAAGCCUCUGUUGAUGGGCAGUGAUGUAUCAUUGGCAAGAUUGCAGAAAGCAGAUGUGGUGGCACAGUCUCGCAUCUCCUUCCCAGAGAAAGAACUGUUGCUGCUAAUUCGCAACCAUCUAAUUUCCAAAGGGCUACAGGAAACUGCAACCGCUUUGACUAGAGAGGCUGAUCUGCCCAUGACUGCUGCAUCACACUCCUCAACCUUCCUGCCAGCAGCCACCACUCAGCCACCAGCCACCUCAUCACCUGUUGCCCUUCCGCGGACACCGCGCAUCCCGGCCCGCUUGUCUACCAGUUCUAUGUGCCCUCACCCACCAUCUCGUAGCCAGGUGCCCCCUCAGUUGUCAUCUCCUGUCCCUGCCUCUACAGGUUCUCCUCUAAUUGGUCGUAUCAGCUUUGUGCGAGAACGCCAGUCACCCUGCAAUGGAAAGAGAUCACGUGUUUUGAGACAAAAGUCUGACCAUGGCGCCUACAGCCAGAGCCCCGCAUUCAGAAAACAGCUAGAUCGGCAUGUGCCUUCCCCACCCACUUUGGACAGUAUCAUGACAGAAUACUUACGGGAGCAGCACGCUCGUUGUAAGAACCCAGUUGCUAUUUGCCCUCCCUUUUCCCUUUUUACGCCCCACCAAUGUCCAGAACCCAAGCAACGCCGACAGGCUCCAACCAAUUGCACUUCUAGACUGACUCGACGUGCUGCCUUCCCCAAAUAUGGGGGUGCAGAUGGAGGCUGUUUUGACAGACACCUUAUAUUUAGUCGGUUCCGUCCAAUCUCUGUUUUCAGAGAAGCCAAUGAGGAUGAAAGUGGGUUUACCUGUUGUGCGUUUUCAGCUCGAGAACGUUUCUUGAUGUUGGGCACCUGCACAGGGCAACUCAAGCUGUAUAAUGUGUUUAGCGGUCAGGAAGAAGCGAGUUACAAUUGCCAUAACUCUGCCAUAACACACCUAGAGCCAUCACGGGAUGGAUCCCUUCUUCUGACUGCAGCCACUUGGAGUCAGCCUCUCUCUGCAUUAUGGGGCAUGAAGUCAGUCUUUGACAUGAAGCAUUCGUUUACAGAGGAUCACUAUGUGGAGUUCAGCAAGCUGUCGCAGGACCGUGUCAUCGGAACAAAGGAAGACAUCGCUCAUAUUUAUGAUAUCCAGACAGGACAGAAGUUGCGGACUUUACACAACCCAGACCUGGCCAAUAACUACAAGCGCAACUGUGCCACCUUCAACCCCACAGAUGAUUUGGUGCUGAAUGAUGGGGUUCUAUGGGAUGUGCGGUCUCCUCAAGCUAUUCACAAGUUUGAUAAGUUCAACAUGAACAUCAGUGGGGUGUUCCAUCCAAAUGGCCUGGAGGUCAUAGUCAACACAGAGAUUUGGGACUUGCGAACUUUUCACCUCCUUCACACAGUGCCAGACCUGGACCAGUGCCGUGUCGUCUUUAAUAACACUGGAACUGUAAUGUAUGGGGCCAUGCUGCAAGCUGAUGAUGAGGAUGACCUUAUGGAAGAAAAGAUGAAGAGUCCAUUUGGUUCCUCUUUCCGCACGUUUAAUGCCACAGACUACAAGCCCAUUGCCACCAUUGAUGUGAAGAGGAACAUAUUUGACCUGUGCACAGAUACUAAAGACUGCUACCUGGCUGUUAUUGAGAAUCAAGGUACAAUGGAUUCUCUAAACAUGGACACAGUCUGUCGUCUCUAUGAGGUUGGAAGGCAGCGUCUGGCAGAGGAUGAAGAUGAGGAGGAGGAUCAGGAAGAGGAAGAACAAGAGGAUGAGGAGGAUGAUGAUGACGAUGACGACUCUGAUGAUCUUGGGCCACUGCUGGAUGCUGAGCUAGAGGAAGAGGAGGAUGCAGGGGAGCAUGCAGGAGAGGAUGGUGAAAAUGACUUUUCUCCCUCCGAUGAUGAAGAACUUGCAAAUUUGCUGGAAGAUGAAGAUGAUGAUGGUGACGAUGGAGAUGAGGAUGGUCAUGAUGAAGACUCAGAAGUGGAGAUGAUACUGGGAGACUCUGACAGUUCAGAUAACUCUGAUCUUGAAGAUGACAUUAUUCUAGCAUUGAAUGAGUGAGGAGUUAGAGGUAUACACUGUGUACACAGGGUCCUUUCCUUCCUGGAGGAAGAAGAGCAGAGCUGUGGUUCGCUGUGACGCACUUGUCAGGUUGAAGGACGGAGCGUUGACAUCUGCAUUUCUAAUAAACCCUGUUGUCCAAUGACUCACUUUCAACCUCUGUUCCCACAGACUUCAAGAUGGACAUUUUUUUUUUCUUUUGUAAAACAGAGCUCUUAAAAGAAUAGUUUUAUAGAAAAAAAAGAAAAAACUCUAACCAAAAAAUCUAUUGCGCUGGACGGUGUCCCCUCCCCCUGCGGGGGGAAAGAAAACUUUCUUUUUGUGUCUUGUUUCAGUUUUUUUUUUUUUUUUGCACAGGUUUAAGGGGGAGGAGGAUUUUCUUUUCCCUUAACUUUGAGCAGCAAAGUAUUUUUAUGACAGAAUUGUAAUAUAUUCCAUAGGAAAUGUGUAUUUUUGUUUUAAAUUGUGUUUUUUUUGGGGGGAGGGGCAGAGCGGAGAGGCUGGGCAGUCUGAUCGAUGACUAGAGAUCAAUGUGUCUGAUGAAUUCAUUUUAAUGGGAAUCCUGCAUCAUUUCUGGGUUUGAGGAGCAGCCAAAGUUAUAAUGUUGUUUUCUGCUGAUCGUCUUCAGUGAACAGAUCAGGGGAUCAUUCAGUGGGUUGGCUCCCACCCUGGCUUGUAUCAUGUGACAUGAUUCUCAUCAUCUCUGGACCCUUUCCCGAUAAGAAUUGCUCAUAUGAAAUUCUCAUCUGAUGUUUUAGUUUCCUGUGAAUAACAAAAUCAAAUUGUUUCUUUUCUGUAAAGUGUAUUUAUUUAAAAAAUAAAUGGAAAAGUCAC